UUGCCUGUUCUACAUUAACUAAAGGAGGAGGAAGUGGAGCUUAAUGGAUUAUUCCACAAUGCAAAAGUUCAUUUUACGAUUUUCAAAAAAAAAGUCAGGAAUUGGAUUUUUUACCCAAGAAUACUGCUCGUCGAAAUAAGUAGGCAAAAAUUAUUUCUCAAUUUAGAAGAAAAGGUGGUAAAUAUGCACAGGUUAGGUAAUCAGGCAAAAACUGGUCCAAAAACAAAAUUAAACACAGAAAAUCAGUUAUUUAUGUUUUUAGUGUGGCUAAAAAAUGGAUUUACAAUUUUGCACACAUCUUGGAAGUGUACCUAUUUGGCCUUCACGCGAACAAGUUAAUAAGUUUAUGCCAGAAAGCUUUAAGAUGACAUUUCCAUCAACAAGAUGCAUUAUUGAUUGCACUGAACUGUUUUCUCAGAAACCUUCAUCACUGAGACACCAGAGUUCUUUAUUUUCUAGUUAUAAACAUCAUGUAACUUACAAAGGAUUGUUAGGUAUUUCUCCUUCAGGAGCAAUAACUUUUAUAAGUCAACUUUAUGAUGGAUCUAAUUCUGACAGAGAAAUUGUUGUAAGAUCAGGUUUCCUUAAUAAAGAACUAUGGAACAAAAAUGAUUCAGUUAUGGCUGAUCGUGGGUUUACCAUUUCAGACAAUUUAAACACAAUCAAUGUUAAAUUAAAUAUAUCAUCUUUUUUAAAUGGACAACUACAGCUAAGUAAAGAAGAUGCUACAGAAAGUCAAACCAUUGCAUCAUUGAGAAUUCACGUAGAACGUGCUAUUCGUAGGAUUAAAGUAUUUCGCCAAAUAAAUAAUGAAAUUCCUUUGGUGUUUCAUGGUUCAAUUAACCAACUAUGGACAGUAACUUGUCUUUUAUGUAACUUUUUGCCAUCACUUAUUAAAAAAUAAGAUCAAAAGUAAAAACAUUUAUUUACAUAUAGAGGGUAUUAUGCUUUCUUUGGUAUUUACAUUAUUGUCCAAUACUUGUGGUAAAAAAUAGUUAAUGUAAAAAUUAUUUAACUUAGUAAUUAAUUUAAAAAAGAACUGAUUGUCAAAA